UUUCGAUUAUUCGCUUCUUGAAGAAAUCUUCGGUGACAUUGAAUGCCUUAACCGUCAACUUAUAGACGCCGAAAAACAACUUUCUCGAUUUUUUAAGAUUUUAUCUAUUAAACGGGAAAACAAUUUUUGCGAUCUCCAGUGGUGCCAUUGCCAAGUGGAGCACCUUAUUGAAAGGAGGGCAAAGUUAUUAGCGGACAUCCAACAGUUAUCCGUAGGGUAAGUAAUUGAGUGGAGUUACUUUUUUUUUGUCAUUUACUGUUAUCUAGGAGCUUCCAGUAAAAAUAUUGAAGAGUUCAGAUUUUGGGGGAUCAUUAAGCCGGUGUGCCAACUGCUUAUUUAAAAAAGGAGAUCAAGCUCGUUUAUAAGGAAUCAAAAAUGUUUAUGUGUGAAAAAUGUAAUAAAUCAUUCGCUACUAAUAGCAAUCUUCGACGCCAUCUCAAAAAGUCAUGUAGAGCUCAAGAACCAUCUCCAAAGAAGCUCAAAGUUACACACGAUACCCAGAGAUUUUGCGAUGUGUGUUCGGAGCACGUUUCAAGCCGAGAUUAUGUUGGACAUUUGCGAAGUGUCAAACAUAAAAAUAAUUCCCUUGCGUUUUCAACUGAAGGGGUUCAAGUAAUUACGUCAGCCUUCAAAUCUCGCAUUGUGAGCUACAGAAUAUCAGCGAAUACACAAUACAUUAAUCUGAAGGAAUUUGUCGAAUCGUUGGCUGACGUAAUAAAAAAAUUAGUUCGUGAGCAAAUUGAUAUCAUGGGUAGCGUUAAGGUGAACUGCGAGCUGUUUGGUUAUUUUAUUUUGGAAUCGAAGGAUCGAGGAGAAGUUAAGUCUUUUAAUACUCGUAACCAAGUAUUGACGAUAAGUUCCGACUUAAGUGAAUGGUUUAAGGAUAUCAUCGAAAAACUGGAAGUUGACGCAACGGAAUUUGAACAUCGCGAGUCAGGAUGGGCUCUUCAGCACUGA